UACCAGUGAGUGUUGUUAGCCCAGCACCGCCAGAGAUUGGCUGUUCAUUUAUUCAUGUUCUCAAUGUUUAACGUGCAGAAAAAUUAACUGCCUUAUCUUCAAAUUAAAAGAGUCUUAGAAUAUGAAAUUUAUUUUAUCAUAUCAAAGGAAAAUGCUAGUUGUGUUCGUUUAAUUUUUACAUUGUUACUCAAUAAAUAUAAUAAACCAAACCAAAGUGUCAACAAAUUUGUAUGUACCUAAGUUUGUAAUUUAAAAAAAAAGUGAAAUAUUUGUGAUCUCUUAUAUCAGUGCGCGACUAAAAUAAGCAGCGAAUAGUUGUAAUUACCUUCUUAUUUAAAUUUCAAGUUCCCAAAUCAAAAUUUAAAAUGAAAUCCAAUGGAAGAACUUAUGUGCCUGAAACGAUAUCCGAGACAACAUCAAAUGACAAGUACUUGUUACUUUUAAAGUUUAUUGACAUUUCAGUAUCAUCAGUGAUUGUAGGGCCUUGUGUAAUUGCCUACUGGAGGGGGACUUGGGAGCUGAUGGAACUUAUUUUGUUCCCUCAAAAUGCUGGCAUUUCCGCUUUGAUUUCAUUUGGAUUAGGAGUUUUUGGCCAUAUUUUUUUCACAUUAUGUCAAAAUAGUUUUAAGAAAUCGUUUGAUCCUGACAAAAGGAGAUUGACGUAUUAUUUAGGAUCGCGUGGAUAUACGGCUAUAUUCGGAAUUAUAUGUGUUAAUAUGUGGCGAGGUGCUUGGAAUCUGUGUGACCUCUUUACCAGUAGAACCUCAUUAGGUGUUAUUGUAAUUUUGACGUUAAUUGCAAUAUGUCUGUUAAUCGUAACCAAAACAAGUCGUAAUCUAACCGCUGCUCCGUUUGUUGUCGCCACAGAUCAAAGACAAAAUUAUUUUGAUAUUUCAACAUUUUUUAAUACUCAUAAAUUUCAUCGCCCUGGACUUUACAUUUUGGAUACAUUUUUCUCAGCAAUUUUUGUAGGAACACUAGUCGUAAUAGCAUGGAGAGGAGUUUGGGAGUCCUUAGAUAUAGUUUUUUAUAGAAAAAAUGCUGUAAUAUCAGCAAUUGCGUCGUUGAUUAUAGGAUAUGGAGUUACUCUUAUAACAUUUGUUUUACAACCGAUUUUUCGUUGGAUAUGUGGCAAUUCAAUUGGAAGAUUAAAGCUUUUUUUAGCUGAUACAUAUUAUUUGAUGAGUUUUAUGGGAUCAGUUAAUGUAUGGCGUGGAAUUUGGAUGCUUCUGGACAUAUAUCUAUAUCCAGAUAGUCCAUUAAAAAGCUGUCUUAUAUCACAUUUGGUACCAUUUUUAAUUUUAACAUUUUUAAAUUGUGUCAAUUCGAUACUUGUGCGUGGGACUGCAGUUGAUGGUGAUGAUGUGGAGUUCCCAAUUGACUACGUUAAAUUGCACCUGCAACACCAAAGAAGCCGUAAAUACGCCAAAAAAUUAAAAAAAGACGGGAUUAGUCCAGUCAAAGAACGGGAAACAUUAAUGUAAAUAUUUAAGCUGACAAAAAAAAUAUCUUAAGUAUUAAUGUAAAAAUGUAUAUAAUGUUCAAAAAUAAUAAACAAAUCAUCGAAAAUUACGUGAUAAAAUCAAAA